AAUGGCGUUCCUGGAGCUAUAUAAGACGAGGGUGCGAGGCACUUGGUCAACACUUGAGCUCCACUUGGUUUUCACUCGCUUCAACGCAGCGCAAAAAGAUAGAAAAAAUGUCCUUCGCUGGAGUACUCGCUGACGCUGACGUCAAGGCCGCCCUCGCCGCCUGCGCAGCUGCUGACUCCUUCAACUACAAGACCUUCUUCAAGGCAUGCGGUCUGGCCGCCAAGUCCCACGAGGAAGUCAAGAAGGCUUUCUUCGUCAUUGACCAGGACCAGAGCGGCUUCAUUGAGGAGGAUGAGCUUAAGCUCUUCCUGCAGACCUUCGGCGCCGGAGCAAGGGAACUCACCGCUGCUGAGACCAAGGCCUUCCUCGCCGCUGGUGACGUUGAUGGUGAUGGCAUGAUCGGAGUUGAUGAGUUUGUCACCCUUGUGAAGGCAUAAAUCUCCAUUGACCAACAUCACAACAACUCUACACGGAACCGCGCACUCCCUGCAAGACUCAGUAACCAUCAGCUGAAAGAAUAUUUUUUAUAUCUUAUUUAUGAAUUGCCUGCGGACUUUUUCUCAACAUCUAACACAUCGUGUAAUGUUAAUGUUACUCGCAUGUGUUAAAUGUUCUGGAAUUGACCUGUGCAAAUGUACAAACUUAUCUGCACUUUUGAGGAAGAGUGAAAAACCAGGAAUAAAUGCUCUUUUGUCGUAAA